ACUGUCAAGCACGACACUACAAGCUUGGGAGUUUCCAGAAAUUCUCACAGCUCACACCAGAAGAGCGAUGGUGCGAGGAGCAUUUUAAACGAACUCACAUCCGUCAACUGAACGGCAAGUAUUUGGUACGGUUACCACUUAAUCGUUUUUUUGACCCUUCAUAGGUGCUACGAAAAUCACGUCAAAUCGCAAUCAAUCGAUUCAAAAUGCUUCAACGAAGAUUCCAAAGGCAGCCGGAGCUAUAAGCCAAAUAUUCGGAGGUCAUGGAUGAGUACUUUCAACUAGGCCAGGUAACCAAAGGAGCAGCAGCAUUGCAUCAUUAGCAAGAAGAAUGGAAUCGAGUCCACAUGUUGCACAUUGCCGCAGUAUUCAAGGAGGAAAGUGUCACUUCUAAGGUUGACGCCUCCUGUAAAACGUCAAACGGAAAAUCGCUCAAUGGCGUCCUAUGCACCGGACCACCGCUCCAAAACGAUCUAGCCGGCGUGGUCCUGAAUUGGCGCCUCCAUCGUUUUGUUUUUGCUGCCGACAUUCAGAAGAUGUUUACAUGCAUUGACAUGAAUGCAGAGGAUUCGCAAUAUCAACGCAUCUUUUGGCAUGGCGAACACAACCAGGUAGCUGAGUAUUAUCUCAACACAGUUACGUUUGGAACCACUUCAGCUCCUUACACAGCUAUUCGCGUCAUACAUCAACUGGCACAGGAUGAACGCGACCGAUACCCACUCGCGGAAAGGGUCCUCCGACACGAAAUAUACGUUAAUGACGUCCAAAGCGGAUCUUGCACUCGCGAAGGAGCAUUAGAAAUUCAAAAUCAAUUGAUCGGAGCCUUACGAUCAGCAAGAAUGGAACUUCGAAAGUGGUCUGCGAAUGACGCUUCUCUGCUAAAAGACAUACCUCUCGAUCAUUUGUCUCGAAAGACAUUAUUAGAGUUUGAGUACCAAACCUUAGGUCACAUCAAGACUAUUUUGGGUUCAAGUCGCCCGACUGUACGACCCCUUAGGUUUCAUCACGCCCUGUGUCAUGACCGCGAUACUCAGGGACACAUGGAUGGCCCGCAUCAAACGCAACGAUGGCAGCCCAGCACAACUGGACUGGGAUGAACCCGGCCAACCGAACUGCUUGAUAGAUGGCAGGGAUUCAUACAGAACUUACCAUAUGUAGAGCAAAUUCAAGUACCACGAUGGCUGCGCUUCAACAUCCACGAGCUUGCGUCAUUACAGCUACAUGUUUUCUGCGAUGGAUCAUCACUGGCGUAUUCAGCAUGUGCAUAUAUUCGUGCAGAACUACCAAACGGAAGAUUCAAACUCAUUUGCUAGCUGAACGCAGUCGAGUCACACCCACGAAAUCGAUCACAAUUCCACAAGUCGAACUUUCGGGUGCGCUGCUGGCAGUUAAACUGGCAAAAUGGAUCCGGGACCAACUUCGCACAGCAGGACUACCUAUGUCAACCAUCUAUUGGUCAGAUGCUACUAUCGUUUUGUUUUGGAUAAAUGGAGAUCCCCACCGAUGGCAAACCUUUGUGUCAAACCGCGUUGGACAGAUUUUGGAGCAUAGUACAUCAACUCAGUGGAGACAUGUACCUACUGCGGUAAACCCAGCGGAAUGCGCAACUCGUGGCUUAACACCACAAGAGUUAGCAGUACAUCCAUUGUGGUGGUCUGGACCAUCAUGGCUACAGCAGCCGGAAAGCCAAUGGCCGGCAAACGGAGUUCCCUGUCAGGACAUCGACAGGACUAUAAUCGAGGAGAAACCAUCAGUUUUUUUUUCAAAAUGCUGUGCAAGUCUCGGAGGCUCCAGAAACCUUCAGCCAAAACUCUUCCUCAUACGACAGGUUAAUAUCAGUCAUGGCAUAUGUUCUACGGUUUAUACAUAACAUUCAAGCCAAAGGUAACAAACUGUCUGGACCACUGAGUGUGCAGGAGCUCGACAACGCUUUAAUUCAUCUCGUUCGCAGCAUUCAACAGGAGGUCUACACGACAGAAAUUUUUAGGUUGAAGGGAAGCAAGGCACUAUCGGGCACACACAAACUGUGUCAAUUAUCCCCAUUUCUAGAUGACCAACAAAUUCUGCGAGUCAGAGGUCGACUGCGAAAUGCAAUGCACCUUAAAAUAAGCCAGCAACAACCAAUGAUCAUUCCCAAUCAUCAUCAUUUUACCGAUCUCGUCGUGCGUAAUGCCCAUCGUAUCGCACUCCACGGCGGCACCGAAUUAGCGCUGGCCACUAUUCGACACAAAUUCUGGAUAGUCAAGGGAAAACAAACUGUCAAACGCAUUCUUCGACAAUGCGUCCGAUGCUUUCGUCACCGACCGAAACCAGCGGCACAAUUUAUGGCCGAUCUUCCCCUACAUAGAGUCAAUUCGCCAACUCGUGCAUUCAUCGCAACCGGAGUGCACUAUACAGUCGCGUUCGAAAUUCAAGCAUCCAGAUUCCGUGGACACACAAACUACAAGGCGUAUAUUGCAGUUUUCAUCUCUUUGGCUACAAAAGCAAUUCAUCUGGAAGCGGUCACGGGCUUAACCACCAAACACUUUCUCAUGGCUCUACAAUGUUUCAUCGCGCGUCGGGGCUACUGACAACAUAUGUAUAGCGACUGCGGUACGAACUGUAUUGGUGCCUACCGGGCUCUUCAAACCUGGCAAAUACAUUUGAAACGAGAGCUACCCACAACUGUAAUACCUGCUUUAGCAGCCCGAAACGUCCAAUGGCAUUUUAAUCCACCGCAUAGUCCUAAUUUCGGAGGCCUUUGGGAAGCAAAUCAAAACACAUCUCUAUCGAGCCUUUUCAGGAUACAAAAUGACCUACGAACAACUUGCUACCGUGCUAACACAAAUUGAAGCCUGUUUAAAUUCCAGGCCAUUAUGUCCACUAAACGCUGAGCUGGAGGACCUAGCUGUCCUCACCCCGGCACAUUUUCUUAUUGGAGAUUCAUUAUUAGCUCCGCCGCAUGUAACGACAAGGCAUGUUCCACUCACAGUCCAAUUUCUGGAAGGACAGAAAAUUAUCCGGCAAUUUUGGAAGCGUUGGAGCUCGGAUUGGCUAUCACAUCUUCAAGCCCGUCCUAAGUGGCGACAUGAAACCCACAAUCUACAAGUCAGCGAUCUAGUAAUUGUCAAGGAUGACCGACCUGGAGCUGACAGUUUGAACCGUGAAAACUGCAUCAGGCGUAUACAAACGAUCGGUCUCUAAGCUAUGUCGGCUACCGUUGCCACAGACCUCAGAAUAAUCCUCCCACCGUUGCUAUCUCCUUUCGACCAUACAUGUACCAUAACGAACACUUUAUUUAUUCACAGAGCAUUCACAGGUGACAUCCUUUGUUUCUAAUACUGGUCCCAGUAUUGGGUGCGGUAUGGACGGUUUUCUAAGGGUUCAAACUACAAAGAGAGUGAAAGCCCUCUAACUGCGAUUGCCCACUCGGAGAACGGCUUCGUUUCAUUCUAGGACGGCGUAACCUCGUCUCCGAUCACCAAGAACAUUUUUCGUUUGCGUGUCGACGAAAUCACAGCGACAAUCAAGCAGUUGCAGCCGGCCGCGCUUAAACCCAUAUUACCCAUUAAAUUGUACCCUAUACGUGAUUACGAUUAAAGUUUAAGUUGAUUGAAGUCCAAGUGAAUAAAUCUCUAAU